ACUCGUGCAAGGGAGAGGUCACUGCUUGAACCUGAACUUUGGUCGACUUCAUGUCACGUGAUCACUGUCCGAGACGUCCCUCCAUACAAUUAACUGCAUGCACGUUGUACACCGUACAUGGAUUGUUCGUGUAAAUAAUUAUACACCGGCCCGACUGUACGCAGAUUCAUGCAGAUCAUCCAGACUUGAAGCCGUGUCGUCUCUGUUGAAGGCCUAAUAGUGUCAUAUGCCCCAUCUUUCCACGGUUGCUCCCCCCCCCCCCCCCCCCCCCUCCCCAUACUCCAACAGAAAGUGUAUGUUACAAUCCAUGCUCAAUUCGUGAUACUUGCAGAUUAGGAAUAUUGCAAGCGCUUUCAUGAUACAAUUUGGGUUAUCAACAUUUGGACAAGGUAACGCGGAGAAUGUGUUCUACAAGUAAUGAUGGCGUCAGUAGCAGGACCAUUCUCUGGUGUUUACCCAGGACCAUCUCUACAGCUCUAGCCAAGUGUCUCAGCCACAUUGAAGGUUGUGAGGUAUGGUUUGAACUCUACUGCUACUCCAAAGCAGCGACGAUCGAGUAUAAAUACCAGUCCAAGCUCGACCUCCCGACGGAGUACGCAGGAAAUGAGGAGAUCUUCCAGAAGGUCAAGGGAAUGAUGGACAUCAUGGCAAAUAGUCCAUUCGAAGCCGAUCGCCUCCCAUACGGAUCGGUAAAGAGUCGUCUUGAAGCUGCUACUGCCAAACACGUAUUCGUCAAGGAUAUGGGCAUGGCGAUGACUGAGGGGUACCGUGAGUACCUACCCAAAGGGUACCGACACACCUUCAUCAUACGACAUCCAGAUCGAGUCCUACUCUCCUACCAUAGCAUGACGUAUAAACAUUUCUCUGAGCUAGGAAUACUGGACGGUGACGCGGCCAACGUGAAGAAGUAUGACAUCGAGCACGAUGACCGCUUCUUUCCACCGGGCUUCUUUGUCAAGGAGCUCUACGACCUCUGGAAGUACCUCCAAGAUGAGAACAUCGAACCCAAUCCUAUCAUUAUCGAUAGUGAGGACUUGUUGGCGAAUCCCGCGGGAAUGCUUUCGGCUUACUGCAAUGCCGUGGGGUUACCGUACGACGACAGAUUAUUAAAAUGGGACGCCUCAAGCGAGGUAUUUCAGAAGAUGAAAGCAUCGGGUGACCAGCUAAUCCAGAGUAUGGUCAAUUACUACGGGACUGCUAUGAAUAGUACAUGCUUCAACCCGCCUAAGAAGAUGCCAUCACGUGAUGAACUACCACCUGACGUCAUCAGGUGCUCGGACAAGGUCAUGAAGUAUUAUGACGAAAUGUAUGAAUGUCGACUCAAACUUUAAUGCAUGAUGUUAGUGGCUGGAAGAACUACUAUAAUUAGAGUACAGAUAUCAAUAGGAUUUCAAUGGGAGUGAAUUUCAAUAGGAAGAGAGCCGUACAUUCAAAGCUAUUGUCCUAAUGGCGGACUGAUGAAUAUUGAUUAAUCUAAAUAGGUCAGGAGAGCUGAGGUAUUUGUUACUAGGUCAUCGUGACUGUUUCAUGGACCAGUGAUGGCCUGGUGGUAAAGCCGCUGUCCGCAGUACGUGGUAGCUUCAAAUCCCGCUGGCUUCAAUAUUUUUGUUCGGACUUUGAAUUGCAAGAUCGAGUACGCAAUCUUUCUUUACUGGGUGCUAGCCAAAUUUGCAGUUUAAAACUCAAACUAAUAGAAUGUUAUCCGACAUGGUAAAAGGUAAUACUGGGUGUAUAUCAUGACUAUAUUCCGUUUUCCUAUAGCACCUAUCAGUAUCACAUUUUGAUAACGUCUAUAGCGCUCCCAACUUUAGAAAUUAUUACCCCGGCUAUAGCUCCGGCAACCAUAAUCAGCACACGGUGCAUUUCAAGUGUUGCGGAUGCUUAGCGUCUUGCCAAAGGACGUUAGUGGUGUGGCAGAGAUUCGAACACCGUACCUUGUGGAUUCCAGUCCAGAGACUGAACCCCUUCUGAGACCGAGAUCUCCAUAAACCACUGGAAAAAGCAUGAAGCUUACUCUGAGCAUGGCCAAGAGGCUAGGAAAUCCUCAGAACAUUGUACUUUAAAGCCAAAUCCAGUUGAU